CGACCUCUUCACGAUGUCGGGCUUCAAUUGGGGAACAUACGAAGUGUGGCGCAACCAUCCAAUGCUCAACAACAACCUCAAGUUUGCAGUGCCUGGAUUGAAGUGGGGAGCAGCUGCCUUCGCGGUGUAUGUGGCGUACGAUCAGAUCAUUGGCGUAAGCAAGAAGGAGGCUCAUCACUGAGAAGCGAGGCCUCAGCCAAGAAGCUUUGCCUUGUCUUCAAGAUGUCUUUGUGCACAGCAAAACAGCCACAGGUUGCCGUUUGGGCCACCUAAAGUGAAAGUAGGGUGCAGCUACGCCUGCUAGCUCCCCUUCAGAAGCCUGGCAAUGGCAGUAGAGGCAUAAGCUUGGCAUCCUUGCAUUGGGGAGGCCCAUGGAGUGGCAAAGAUCGCCAGGGACACACCAGAACUGGGAAGACUUGAGAGGCUAAAAUUGUGUAUGCAUCAGCAUGUGUGCUCCCAUCAUGAAUGGGGACAGCAGUGUUGGCAACGGAAGUCUAAAUAUACACAUCUUCUAUGGAAGUCCUGCAAAGGAAGGAUGAUAGGAACAGCCCGCUCCAAUGGUGUCAGGGAGUCAACAACAUUGCCUGAUACAUUGGCGCAUGCCACUGUCUGUAAUGUCAAAGAGACACCACAC